AUGUUGAAAAAACUCACAAAUGUUCUCUCAGCUUCAACAACAACAUCAUCAUCAUCGGCUGCUGCUUCUUCUACCACUUCCAUAGUAGCAUCCAUGAAUUCCAUGAUGAUGAAAAAUAAUUUAUUAUUAACAAAGAAUAAUUUAAUUCAUCAUCAUCAUCAAUCGAAGGCUUCUUUUUCAUCACUAUUAAAUGUGAGUCAUUAUGAAUCAUCAUCACCUUCCGAUAAUAUUAGUAGUAAUAUACAAACAACAACAACAACACAAAAGGCUCCAAGUAAAAAUUGUACUACUAAAAAGUACAUUGAAGAUACUAAACCAUCAAAGGCUUCUUCUACUAAUAUUAAUGGUCAUUCAUCUACAUCAUCAUCUACAUCAUCAUCCUCUCAAAAGAUAGUUAUUAAUACAAAAUUAAAUACUAGUGUUAAAAACUUUAUUAGAAAUUCAUCAUCCUCAUCAUCCGCAUCCGCAUCAUCCUCAUUAAUUCAAAGUGAAAAUGAUAAAAAGAUUAAAAAACAAAAAAGUACAGAUUUAAAAUCACUUUCAUUAAAACUUCAUGAACCUUUAUUUGGAAGUGAAAGUGUUGAAAAUAUUUCUAAAUUAACAGAAUAUUCAAAUCAAGUAAAAGAAAGAAUAUUAAAAUUAUAUCAAAAUUAUGAACCAUAUCAAUAUGUUGAAUUAACAAGAUAUUUACUUUAUUUAAAUCAAGUACAAUAUAUUCCUGAUGUUAUUACAAUGGCUAAUAAGAAUAGAAAUGUAAUUUCACAUUAUUCAUUUGCUAAAGAAUUAGCUUAUCAAUUAGAAAGAAAAGGAAAACAUAUUCAUAGUCAUUUAAAUGAAUAUGAAGGUAUUGAUACUAAAUUAAUAUUAAAUCAAUGUUCUAAAUGUUUAGAUUUAAUGAUUUCAAGUGGAUAUAAAGCUGUUAAAACUACAAAUACUGAUAUUUUCAUUGACAUGUUAUGUUAUAGAAUUAAAAUGUUUCAUCAUUCAAAUGAUUUUAAAGGUAAUUUUUAA